AUGGACGAAGGCGUCGGGCUUCCCAGGAGCCCGGAGCUCGGCUUCGCCGCCGCCGUGCGAGAGCCGCUGGUGAGGCUGCAGCGCCCCAAGUACGACUUCGAGAGGUGGGACUGGGGCUACUUCGCAUGGCCGCACGACCGUCUCGACGCCAAUCUGGAGAUGAGGGACAGCGAUCCGAUGGCGACAUUCGAGGCGGACUCCAAGGUGACAGAGAGCUUCCUGGGCCGGAGCACACUGCAGCUAGUGGCCGGCAAAGGCUUCCCGGGCCAGAGCUCGCCGCAGCUAGUGACGAGCGAGGGCGGCUUCCCGAGUCAGAGCACGCUGCAGCUAGAGGCCGGCAAGUGCUACCUGUGUCAGAGCACGCUGCAGCUGGAGGCCGGCCAGUGCUUCCUGUGUCAGAGCACGCUGCAGCUGGAGGCCGGCCACGGUCAGGGCUUCCGGAGUCAGAGCACGCUGGAGCUGGAGGCCGCUCAGGGCUUCCUAAGCCAGAGCUCGCCGCAGCUGAAGGCGAGCGACGGCUUCCCGAGCCAGAGCACGCUGCAGCUCGAGGCCGGCGAGGGAUCCCCGAGCGGUCGGAGCAUGCUGCCGGUAGAUUUAGACGACGACACGCCCGUCGGACGCUACGCGCCGUGGCGUCGGGGAUGCUCAGAGCCCAACCCGUCCCUGCUGGACCAUUGCAUGACACCGCAAGGUCGUUGGGCAUACUAGGAGCAGAGCCACUCCAUGACCAUAUCCCCCCUUGUCUGCAGCACACUGAGACCGAGAGAGAUCGAGGGGUAACCUACAAACCGGACGACGAUCUGACAACAUGAUCCCCAAAGCUGAAGGUUUUGGGUACUGGCAUCAGGGAGCUCAACCAGGAGAAGCAGAAGGUCCUCGACGGGACGAUGGCGUCUGCUGAUUCGUACUGUAGGUUGAGAGCCUGAUGCGUAUGACAUCAGUUUGCUGAUCGGGUAGGGUUAGCAUCAACAAGUUUUGAUUCCAAACUGUCAGAAAGAAACUCUGUAAAACUGUUAGAAAGAUACUCUGUACAGUAGAAAUAUACAUAAACACCCAUGUAAAGCGCCACAGAAUUCCAUGGCUUUUCUGAACAUCAGUUGGUGACUGGAUUUGCAAAGCCUUCUCCAUGCAGUAUAUACUACUCUACCUGAUUUUAUCAUUUGACUGAUAGUCUUCGAUCUCCUAGUAUUCUAUAACAGUACUUACUUCAGAAGAGAAGAUGAAAGAGGCAACUCUGAAUUUGAGUAGCUGGCUUUUAUUUCCAGAAAACAACAUUAGUGGCUUCUUCUCUCUUUGCGUAUGAUUACUGGCCUCACAUUUCUCCG